AUGGGAAACCGCGCGAUGCAGCCCCACGUCCAGAGCAACACCGAAUUUGACAGCCUGGACCGCUGCGAGCGCGGCGUCGACGCCGACAACGACGACCCGGAUGCCACCGAAACACCCCCCGCCGUGCUCGCCUUCCUCGGCCUGCUCAUGCUGAUCCUGGGCCUGCACCAGUGUCUCUACCUGUACGUCUCCAUACCUCCUGUCCGGGGUUGUCCUCGCAAGCUGUUCGCGCGAACUGACGUCAUCUUCAACAGGUCACCAUGCUACGGGGCGACGGCCGCCUUGGCGGUGAUCAUGCUCCUCGUGGCCGCCGUCCGGGCCUGCCGCACCAGUGCCGCCGCGGGCUUGUUCUGCCUGAUGUGCGGCGGCGGGCUCCUGGUACCCGUGGGCCUGUUGGCCCUCGGCCUUGCGGCGUGGCGGGCGCGGCGGCUGUCGGCCGAAUUCAAGAGAGACUAA